GCCGUGCUCUCGAGGAUCCGUAAGUUUGAAUCGGAACAACGGGCAAAAUUUGAAUUCGUGAUCUUUAACCGUCGAUCAAAACCAUCUCUCGUUACAGCCAUCCGAUCCGCACUGAAGGAAACAAAAAGACGAUUUUGAAUCCCUUUCUUCGCCCUUCUUGCUCCUUCCACUCUCCUUGCACUCUUCCACCUCCAAAACCCUAGGUUUUUCCUUUUCUUCUUCAGCUUUUGGAAAUACAAACUCACCUUAGAUCGUCAGUUGGUCGGCAUGCAUGCGAUCACUGAAUCUGUCAGUGCGGCCCGGAGGACGACCAAAUCCCAAGAAUCGAUGAACGAGCCCUUAGAGAUAGAUUCAAGCGGUUUUCGCGAGGUCCGUGAAACUGACGUUGGUCAGACCCAGGGUUUCGAGCUGCGAGAGGAUCCAGACUUCUGGAAGGAUCACAACGUCCAGGUUAUUAUUCGUCUUCGUCCUCUCAAUAGUGCAGAGAUAUCCCUUCAAGGACAAAAUAGAUGUAUUAGACAAGACAGUUGUCAAACACUAACAUGGAUUGGACAUCCAGAGUCUCGUUUUACGUUUGAUCUUAUUGCUGACGAACACAUCAGCCAGGAAAGAUUGUUUAAAGUGGCUGGAGUGCCUAUGGUGGAAAACUGUAUGGCAGGUUACAAUAGUUGCAUGUUUGCAUAUGGUCAAACUGGAAGUGGAAAAACUCACACUAUGUUGGGAGAUAUAGGAGGAGGAAUUCAAAGAAACAGUGCUAACUGUGGAAUGACACCUCGUGUUUUUGAAUAUCUCUUUUCAAGAAUACAUAAGGAAAAGGAGAUCCAAAGUAAUCAAAAGCUCCAUUUCACGUGCAAAUGCUCCUUUCUUGAAAUAUACAAUGAGCAGAUUUUAGAUUUGCUGGAUCCUUCCUCCAUAAAUUUGCAGAUAAGGGAAGAUGCAAGAAGAGGAGUUUAUGUAGAAAAUCUCAAGGAAUAUGAAGUUUCAAGUCCUAAAGACGUCAUUCAACAGCUUAUUCAGGGCGCAGCUAAUAGGAAGGUGGCUGCUACAAAUAUGAAUCAUGCUAGUAGCCGUUCUCAUAGUGUUUUUACUUGUGUCAUUGAAAGAAAGUGGGAGUUGCAAGGUGUUUCUCAUCACAGAUUUGCUAGGCUAAAUCUGGUAGACCUUGCAGGAUCUGAGAGGCAAAAAAGUUCUGGUGCUGAGGGCGAUCGGCUCAAGGAAGCGACAAACAUCAACAAGUCGCUUUCAACAUUAGGGCUUGUGAUUAUGAACCUCGUUAGCAUCUCAAAUAAGAGACAACUACAUGUUCCUUAUCGAGACUCCAAGCUUACAUUUCUUCUACAAGACUCCCUAGGUGGAAACUCCAAAACAAUGAUUAUUGCAAAUGUAAGCCCUUCCAAUUGUUGUGCUUUGGAAACACUUAGCACAUUGAAAUUUGCACAACGUGCCAAGUUUAUAAGAAAUAACGCAAUUGUAAACGAGGAAGCUUCGGGUGAUGUGCUUGGUUUGCGAUUGCAAAUACAGCAGCUUAAGAAAGAAGUGAAUUGCUUGAGGGGAUUGAUUAAUGGAGGAUCUGAUAGAUUAGGAAGUGAUAGCAUUAAUGCUUCUUCUCAAGACUCUCCAGGAAUUUUAAAACUGAGUGGAAAUCAAGCAUUCAGCCCACUAACCUUUGAUAAAAGAUUAUCACCGAGAAAAGAACGUGAAGCUGCCCUAGUUGCAGCUCUAAAGAGAAUCCAUGAUAAAGAAGAGGAGCUGAAAGCACUGGCGGCUCAGAAAGAGGCUGCAGAUCGGCUGAUUAUUCAAAGAACAGAACAAGUCAGAAACUUAAAAUUAAGACUUCGCUUUCGGGAAGAUGCAAUAAAUGCACUUGCUUCUGCAAAGCUGUCGCCGGAUAUACACAUUUUGCAAGAAAGAGAAGCACUUCUAAAAGAGUUAGAAGUCUUUCGCAAUCAGGCUGAUCGUAACUCAGAAGUGACUAGAUUUGCAAUGGAGAAUAUGCAGCUUCAUGAAGAACUGAGAAGAUUAAAGUCUUUUGUUGAAGAAGGUGAACGAGAAACGAUGAAUGAACAGAUCACUGUCUUGCAGGACAAGCUUCUGGAAGCUUUGGAUUGGAAACUCAUGCACGAGAAGAAUUCAGAGGAUCACCCCUUGUUCUCUUGGGAUUCUUCUGUAAACGAGGAAAAUGAAUUCCUCCAUUUAGAGGCUAUCCAAAACCAGAGGGAAGCAGAAGCACUUCGCAAGAAUCUGACAGUUUGUCUUGAAGCCAAAGAAAAUCUUGAGAGGCGUGUGGAAGAAUUGAUAUUACAGCUUGAAGAACAAAAGAAUGUUGAAAAUCAAAGUAAAGAAAGUCAUGUGGUAUCUGAUGAUCCAAUGGAGCUUAAAACACUGGUAGACGUAAUUGCGGUAGCUAGUCAGCGUGAAGCUGAAGCUCAUGAAACAGCCAUCACGUUGGCGAGAGAGAAUGAUGAAUUACGUAUGAAGCUUAAAGUUUUGAUUGAAGAAAACAAAAAAUUGAUUGAGCUGAAUGAGAACAGCGUGGUAUACUUCCAUAGAGACCAACCAGAAGAUAAAAAGGCUGAUAAUCUGGAGCACCAACUUAACGAGAUACUUGAAGAGAAUGAGAAACUGAUGGGCUUAUACGAGAAAGCCAUGCAGGAGAGGGAUAAUUUCAAAAGGAUGCUGGCUUCUUAUGAACUAGCCAGAACUGAAAUUGGAGAUGAAAUUAAUUGCCCUGAAAAACUUGUUGAAGUUGAUGAAGAGAGAGUUCAUCUUAAACAAAAUGUAAGGGAAUCCAUUGAAGAGCAUGUAGAGCAUGAAGUAUCAGAAGAAAAGCUAAACCUAGUAAGAAUUAAGCUUGACAUGGUUGAGGAUAACAUUGCACCUACUGGGAAAGUUCUCAACUUUUCAUUUUUGCUUGAGAGAGCAGCUAUUGAAAUACUGGCAAUUGAUAAUAGUUCUAAUGAUGAGAAUCACAAUGUUAUGCUUAAGAAGCAGGAGAUUACAACGCUUGGUUUAGGUCUAUCGGACCUAGAGGAGAGGAAAACAGUCAUUGGUAACAAACUUUUGGCUCUAAAAACAGCUUUGCGGAGCCUUUCAUCCAAGUUUGAUUUUUGGCAAGAAAGAGAGAUUAACGGUAAGUUCAGAUAUGAAUCACGCCUGGCAUCUUUACAACAAAAGAAGGAAGAACGGAGACGCCUUCAUACCCUUAGAAAUGAAAUGAAUACUUCUUGUAUGAAGGUGAAGCAGUCUGAAGUUGAGCUUGGCGGCAACAUUGAUAGGUUGAAGAUGCAAUUCCAAGUUACAGAGGCUCAGAGAAAGGAGAGUGAAAGGGUACUGUUUUCAAUCGAUAAUGUGGAGCGAAGCACCACUUCUGAAUCAAAGACCUUGAAAUUCUGUAAAGCGACUGAUUUGCUCAAGUCUGAAGAGGAGAGAACUAAGAUUGUUUCUGAAAUAAAGAAGCUCAAGGAGAAGCUGGUGUCUGCACACAAGGAAAUGGAGAAAUUGCACUUGAAAUCCAAAUCUCUUGAUACUAAUAUUGAAGAAGUUGAGGCAGGGAUUGAAAGCGAAUCAAUUUUAUUACACGAAGCACUGCUUUCAUGGCAGAGAGUUGGAGGAGAGAAGCAGAUGCUCUGCAAGCUGAUUGAGGAUGGGAUGACUGAGCUUGGAAGGAUUUUAGUUGACUAUCAGGAAAGUAUUUUUGAGCUGGAGUUAAGGAAAGGUGAGAUACUUCUGUAUGAAGAUGAGCUGAUUCUUCAAAUGAGGGAAAUGGAGGAGGUGAAGAUUGCCCAAAAAGUGGCUUUAGAGAGUCUCCGCCAGUUAAUGGAGGAUAGCAGGUACAGCCCAGCUGUGAGAGAUCCAAAUGACUGUUCAAAUUUCAGUUCAAACAGUUUAGAAAAGCAAUUUGGGGAAGCACUGAAGUUGCUGUCUGAUGUCAAGCUUUUGUUAUUCGGGGACGGGGACAAAUAGUAUGUGAAAUUUUGCCUUUCUUUUGAUAAGAUUGACAUAUUUUUCUUGCAUCUCUGGUCUUAAAGAUGAAUAUAAAAAUUUGCAGAAUUGGACAACAUAAUUAUUGGAGAAUGGUAAUGCAUGCUUAUUACCAAUCUGGAAUGAAUGUCCUUUUGUGUCAAUGUUUUAAGAUCCUACGAAUUUUAUCUUUUAAACUUCCAUAAUUUUUUGUGAGAUACUAUUUUUUU